AACGCCGGCGCGCGCGCUCCCCGUGCAUAAAAACGACCUCUCACACCACCACCACCACCCUACAGCCCUGCUCGCUUCGAUCUCUCGUGGCGUGACCAGCAGUUUCUUCGCCCAUCUACUGAUUUUCUGGUCUGCAGAUCCCCUCCAGCCAUGGCAGCUCGUACCAAGUGCGACACUCAACUGGAGGACUACGCCAAAACUGUCAAGGAAUGCCCGGUCCUCACCACCAGUCAGGGAAUCCCAAUUGACGACAAGACCAACAGUGUCACUGCUGGUCCACGUGGUCCUCUACUCUUGCAGGACACCGUCUAUCUCGAUGAGAUUGCUCACUUUGAUCGCGAGCGAAUCCCGGAAAGAGUGGUUCAUGCCAAGGGAGGAGGAGCGUUUGGGUAUUUUGAGGUAACUCACGACAUCACCAAGUACUGCAAGGCCAGUGUGUUCAGUUCCGUUGGGAAGAAGACGAGAGUAGUUGUCCGUUUCUCAACUGUCGACACUGCUCGGGAUCCUCGCGGAUUUGCAAUGAAGUUCUACACUGACGAGGGACUGUGGGACCUCACGGGGAACAAUACUCCCAUUUUCUUCAUCCGCGACCACGCUUUUCCCAGCUUCAUCCACACGCAGAAGAGGAACCCGACGGACCAAGGUAUCAAGAAUAUCCUGGCCAGCGAUGCCGAGGUUCUGGCAGGUCGCGACCCUGACUACUCCAUCAGAGACCUCUUCGAGGCCAUCGCCACCGGCAACCCUCCAUCCUGGACCAUGUACAUUCAGGUCAUGACCUACGAACAGGCUGCCAAGCGCAAGCACAAUCCAUUUGAUGUUACCAAGGUGUGGUCCCACAAGGACUUCCCUCUCAUCCCAGUUGGGAAGAUGGUUCUGAACGAGAACCCAAAGAACUACUUUUGCGAUGUGGAGCAAUCUGCCUUUAGCCCCGCCAACAUGCCACCUGGCAUUGAGGCCUCCCCUGACAAGAUGUUGCAGGGGCGACUGAUGUCAUAUGACGACACCCAUCGUCAUCGUCUCGGUCCCAACUUCCAGCAGAUCCCCGUCAACCGACCUCUCUGUCCCUAUGCCAACUAUCAGAGAGAUGGCUUCAUGGCCGUCGAUGGCAACCAAGGUGAAGCUCCCAACUAUUAUCCAAACAGCUUUUCUGGACCGGUGGACAGCAUUGAGAAAUUCGGUGCAAAGCCUGUGGACAAGGUUGAGAAGGAGAUUGUGGCCCGUCACGAGAGCAAAGAUGAUGACAACUUUUCUCAGGUUGGAAUAUUCUACAGGGAGGUCUUGGACGAAGCCGCUAGGACCAGGCUCAUCGAGAACAUGGCUGGUCACCUGAAAAAUGCUGCUGAAUUCAUCCAGAAGAGAACCGUGGAGAACUUUACAAAGGCUGACCCAGAGUAUGGAAGCCGCCUUGCAAAAGCUCUUGAGAAAUACAAGGGAUGAAAAGAAGGAAGAAAUGAGGAAUUAUUCUUAUAAACUUGCUGCUGCAAACCUGAAAUAAUGAGUAAAUUACUGAUGCUAGGUGUUGUUUAUGUGAUAAUAGGGCUUUUGGACGCUGCUUUAUACUGCUGUGUAUUUAGCUGUGAAAAGUGUUUUGAUUUUUUGUGGCCAGAAAUUUGUGGGUUUUACCUACCGUAUUUCAAUUACGGUAAGGAU